AUGGGUAAAUCACCAGAAAAAUGGAUCAAAAGCGUGCUUUUUGGGAAGAAAUCAUCCAAAUCUAAUUUUUCCGAAGGAAGAGAGCUUCUUGCUUCAUCCCCCACUGCAAAGUCUCUACGUCUACAGUAUAAUUCCACAGAACCAAAUUCAGUCCUAAACUGGUUAGAACGCUGGUCAGCAUCCCUCUUGUGGAAACCAAUUCCCUCAACAAAGAAAGUUGCUGGCUCAAAAUCCCAGAAGAAGAAGGUUAACCCACAAACUGUUGACCCUGAAACAGGCAGGGUAAAGCUUAGUGUCCGGAGGAUUCCUUCUUUAAACCUUGACAAUGUCUCGACUCAAUCCACUUCUGAAACUGAGAAACCAAGACGUAACCUUCGGAAAGUCUCGAGUCAUCCAGCAGAUUCAGUGCAGGAACAUCCGCAAAAUGAGCUUGAGAAGGUCAAACGCAGUCUGAGAAAGGUUCACAACCCUAAUACGGAGGGCACCAUUCAGUCUGAGGCCGACAGUGAGAAGCCAAAGUAUGGUCUUGAAAAGGUUUUGAGCUUUUCAGAUCAAAAUACUGCUGAGGAGAACAUCAGUGACUCCGGUGAGAAGAUAAAGAAAGGAACAACUGUCACUGUGUCCAAACUGCCUGAUAUAGAAGCAACUCUGGAACCACCAGUGGUGAUUGAGGCAAAUGAUUUGUUAUGUGAUGAUCAAACUGCAAUAGAAUCCCAGCCUCGAGAAAAUAGUGGAAAACAUGAGGGUAUUCCUGUGACAAAUGGAGAGUUAAGAUCUAGGGAAGAUAUAACUGUCAAUGAGAGUCAGAAAUCUGCCCGGACGGCUUCUUCUGCAGCAAAGCAGGAACGUGCGAAGAAUGGGGUACAAAACAGACCUGCAGUGCCAAGUUAUAUGGCAGCAACUGAAUCUGCAAAAGCAAAACUGAAAGCAUAA